GUUUGAACAUUUAAGGGAGAAAGGACGACAAAAGCUGCAUCCGCACUGCCGCUUCCGGAGACGCUAGACACAGCAGGGACGAACCACGCCCAUUCCACGGCUCUCUGUUCCAGCGCCGACAGCAUUUGCGGUAUCCAGCGGCAAGCGAGAGCAGCGCGCAGGAGCAAGCAGUUGGCGAGAACGGCACCGUCUGCGGCGGCGUCACCAUGCGGUCUUACCGCCAAGCAGCGACAGAUGUAGCACCAGCAGCAGUGCUCAGCCUCAAGCUCCUGACGCAGCUGGCGGUCAUGGGAAUAUGCAUGGGAACAGCCGUGGCAGGGUCCACGACUACCUCCUCUUCGGCGCCGCGGCGGUCGCCAGCAACGGAUGCCAGGAGCCCGCUCGCCUUUACGCUAUCGCCGCCGUUGCGGCCGUCACUUCUCUUCGCCGACGAUACACGGGACGUGCGCGGAGGGCGCCGACAGGCCGGCGGGAGGAGAGCGGUUUCGGCUUCGGCGGCGUCUCGAGGGGGAGCGACGUCGAUGUUUUCGUGGCGGCGGGAAGGGGGGGGAAGGGGUGAUUCUCGGGGGAGGGGGGGUAGGAGGAGUAGCAGAAUAGAGGCUUCCCCUGCCUUUGGAACGGGUAUUACCGCGGGACCGCGGUUGAGGCCAGCGGGAUCACCACUGAAGAAGGCUUUUUCGUGGAGGCGGAGGCGCCGGAGCAGGGAAUAUGGGGUGGGGGGGGUCAGGGUCGAUUCCACUUCUUCUGCAGCAGCGGCGGCGGCGGCCACGGCCACAGGUGGGAAUGACAAGGUCAGGGGCACCGUGGCUGGCGCGAAGGAGGCGGAGGGCCCCGCGAGCUUUAAGCUCGGCGCGGACCUCAUGACGGACCUGAAGCGUAGGUGA